ACCGCGCGCGUGUACGCGCGUCACGGCUGAGCCAAGUGUAAACUUCCCCUUUCUCGGUUUCGUUUUCGCUGUCGAAAGUGGGAAGGGUGCUGGGCUGGGUGCGGAUGCGCCAACGUCGUUCCAAUUUAUUCCCAUUACAUUUUCACGUUAACACUCGAACGCUCCACCACCGCCUUUAGCCCACCUUGCAGCAGCAGCGCAACAUCUCGCGACCAGGGGCUCCUGCUGCAACUGCUGCUGCUGUAUGUUGAACUUCAUUCGCACCGCGCAUAGCCUACCGUGCUAGUCGGAGGUGCCGAUACUGCUGCUGCGAUGGAAGGCUGCAGCGGCAGCAACGAGGUUGACGUGAGAGGCCUCCCAGCCCUAGACAAAGCCGUGGAGGCGAAGCUCCUCAAAUACUUCCAGAGCAAGCGGCUGUCGGGGGGAGGCGAGUGCGAGGAACUCACGCGGCUGCCUGGCGGAGGAGUCCGCCUGCGCUUCAAGGAGAGAGAAGCAAUGGAGAGGGUACUGGCGAGAAGCAAGCACUCGCUGGAGCUCAACGAGCAGCAGUACCUGCUGGAGGUGCGUCGGGCUGGUGACGAGUGCCUGGUAAAGCCCAAACCCAUCGGAUCUGCUGCUGUGAAGGUGGAGCCGACUUCUGCCAAAACGAUGACCCCUGACGUGUGUCCAAAAUUGCCCCCGUCCGGAAUUAAAGUGGACAAAGUAGCGCAUCUGGACAAGGAUUUUGUGUCUAUGUAUUUUGAAAGCGAAAAGCGGUCUGGUGGGGGAGACAUUGCAAGCAUGGAGGAGGAGGCCGAAUGUUGGAUCAUCACUUUCGAAGACCCCACAGUGGGGGAGCGGGUGCUGAAGCGGAAGCAUUCCCUGAAGGGACACGAGCUAAUGUGCGUUAGCUUUGUGGGUGGGCCGAUGGCGGCGGUGCAGAGAUCACCAGAGUAUCUGGACCCAUGGAGGGUUCUGCUGAGUGGCUUCACGGCUCCCAUGAACGUGGACAUACUGAGGAUGUUCGUCGAGAACUGCAGUGGCACCCAAAAUUUCCAACUUCACGAGACGGACGACGAACACUGCCGAAUCGUCACUUUCUUCGAUGAUAUCAACAUGGAGUAUUUCAUCAAUUGCUGCAAAGUGAGAGGUUUCGCAAACGUCGUCAUCAGGGCGGAGCAGCUUCCCAUCACGAAGGUGGUGCGCAUCGAGAACCUCAAAGAGGAGGGGAGCGAAGAUCACCUCAUGCUUUACUUGGAGAACAGAUGCGGGCCUAACGUUCAGGUGGAGGCGGCAGAACGUGGAUCGACGGCCGACACAGCACUGAUACACCUGUCCAGUGUGCAAGAUGUUGAGAAGGUCCUGAAUGGAAAGUGGACCUUCAAAGGAAAAGCUCUCACGGCCCACCGUUACUAUGAGAAGCAUCGGUUGGCAUUAAUCUCUUUGGACGCGGAAGAAAUUGAGCUUCCGAAUCCUCAGACCAUUUCGGUGGAACCGCGCUUCAUGGAAUUCAUUCUGAAACGCCCUGACGAGUUCGAUGAGCUCUUGGCGCAGAACAAAGCGACAUUUCUGUGGGAUAACCAACGUUCCCCUCAGGUCCUGCAAGUCGCACCAGCCUUGUCUCUCCGCACGUCGAGUUACGUUGUGCGUAAAAAAUGGCCGCAAGAUAUUUGUGAACAUAUCCAAUUAUUUCUCGGCAGGUAUUCCCACCACUCUGAGCGAGUGAAUGCACACAUAUUCGACGACCUGGCUUCGAAGAUUCUCCGAUGCCAAACGGACACCGUUGAGAUUACUUCGGAUGAGAGGGACAGUCGGGUUGAUGUCAUCGGUCCAAAGUCCGAGGUGGAAGCUGUCGUGAAGCAGUUGUCCACACUCAAAGAGAGCCUGAUGGCAGAGCUGGACAAAAUACAAAACCUAGCACAGUUCCAAUUAACUAUGAAACAGGGUUGCUUGGAUCUGAUGAGACAGAGCACAUACGACACAAAACUACAACAACAAUUCCCCGAAGUUGACAUGCGCCAGGACCUGCAAAAAAACACCGUGGCUCUCAAAGGACCCAAGGAAGUUUGUACGGCAAUGUACACCAGGCUUGUUCAGUUGUGUAUGCAGUUUUCUUUUACGCAAUUGAAUGUUUCCCAAGAACUUAAGUCCUUCAUUCUGGGCCUAAACCAUGACGAUUUCGUUCAAAAUACAUUCAUCAGGGAAGGGAUAAAGGCCACGAUUGAUGACAGGGAAGGUGACGUCAUGGUGAUUGGAGCGAGCGUUGAAGAUAUGACCAGAGCGGUUGGAGCGAUUGGUAAAGCGCUAGUAGACACUAAAGUCCAAUUCACACAGGACUUUGACAUAAAACAGCACGGAAGUGAUUGGGAAGAAUUCUUGGGAAGUCUUAGAAGCAGUGAUGUCCACGAUGGUCUUACCGGAGCCGAUAAAGUCUCUUUUGAAGUGCAUUGUGAUAAGCAGGUUGACAGGGAAGUAGUUAUCGUGGGACUGAGUGACGUCACUGAUGGGGUCGUACAAAAAGUAAAAAAAUUCAUCGCUGAUCACUCAACCGAAACCGUGUUUAUUCCAAUCAAUUCAAAGGGAGUCCUGAAAUACAUUGAUAAAUUUAGUGACCUGCACAGCCAACUACCAGCAGUUAGCAAGCUCAUAAAAGAAGAGAAAAGCGAUCAAAAGAUCGGCUACACAGUUACUCUGAUGGCUAAAGACAAGGAUGAGGUGGUCAAACAUUUUAACAGUCUCUCUAAGAGCAUUGUCUCGAAAAAGAAGUGCAUUCAAAAGCCAGGAGGUGCCAAUUUUUUACACGACAGGGGCACCAUAUUCUUGGAAUUCUUGGAGUUGAGAAACAAAUCCAUUAUUAUGAUAGAGCCACGAGAAGAACAACAGGAGACCUGGCAGAAUGCCUUCAGGGCUGAAACACCACAUGGUGUUUCAGCCAUUAAUGGAAUCACAGUGUCUGUCGAGAAGGGGGAGAUGCAGCUUCGACAUGCGGACGCGAUGGUCAAUACCGUGGAUAAAAACCUGAAGAUCGUCGGUCACCUGUCCAAGACGUUGGUGGACGUGGGUGGCCAAAUCAUUCAGAGUGAAAGAGAUAAGAAAGUCGCUUCAAACAGAGGCCCAUUCAAAUCAGGAGACGUGGUGCUCACGGGCGCGGGGACGCUGCCAUGCAAGUUCCUGAUCAAUGUGGUUGGCAUCAAGUGGGAUGUCCAUCAGCCACCGACUCCGAUGCUGAACGGCCUGAAGCACUCGGUCACCCAGAGCCUGAAGCUCGCUGCGGAAAUGAAGUGCCAGUCCAUCAUAAUCCCCGCCCUUGGCACCGAGAGGCGCUUUGGCUUCCCACUCGCGCUGUGCUGCGAGGCAAUCACUGCAGCGGUGGGAGGUUUCUGCGAGAGGCAUUUGGAGGAGCCAACGUCGGUACGGCGCGUGGAGCUGAUGAGCAUCGACAACGCCACGGUGAUGGAAUUCAAGAAGUGUUUGAGGAGUAUUCACGAUGGGGGUGAUCGCAGACCCGUUGCCAGAGGCGAACUGCCGCUGAAUGCUGCAGAGAGCGAGGAAUCGUUGGCUAAACAUCGUCAUGGGCGCGAAGCGAGUGCCAGUCGCGUGCCUCACGAUGCUCAGCAAUCACCACCUGGACCCGAUUACAAACAACAGCAACGAACAAAUACGAUGACACACCUGCAGUCGAAUGUGUAUAAAACCAAGUCUGGACUGAGCAUGAACGUUGUGAAAGGAAAUAUAGAGAACGAAAUGGCAGACGUGAUCGUCAACACGGUCUCCAACAACCUCGACCUGUCUCAAGGCGCCGUUUCUGCAGCGCUCCUUAAGAAGGCUGGGCAACUACUGCAAGAUCUCACCUGGAAGGUUUCAAAAAGGAAAACGCUCGCGGACGGAGACGCCAUGGCUGUGAGAUGGAGUCAGCCCACCCUGUCCUGCAAAGAGGUCUACCACACCGCCUGUUGUCGAUGGAACUCGAAAAAUGCCACAAAGGUUUUGGAGCAAAUCAUCUCAACUUGCCUCAACAUGGCCAGCAAAUCAAACUAUGGCACCAUCGCCUUCCCGGUCAUCGGCACCGGUUUCCUGCAAUUCCCUAAGGAGGUCACCGCUGAAGUAUUUUUCUCCGAAGUGAAACGCUUUGGCAAACGCAACCCCCGGUCAUCACUUACAGCAGUGAGGAUCGUCGUGCACGGGCAGGAUGAGGAGGUGUUCAGAGCGUUCAUGGCACAAAUGCAAAAGGAAAAAGAAAAAAGCGCGAGCAAGACAGAAUCGUCAGCAAGCGGCGAGGCCCUCCAUGUGCCGAGCCCACAAGAUGCAGCACAGUCGCGAGACAGCCAACAGGAUGACUUCUACACAAAUCUGAUAGAUCCCGGACUGGGAUCGCUGCAGAUGAACUUCGGGAAGGGGAAAGUGCUCAUAAAGCAUGGGAACAUCGUCAAGGAGGACACCGAGGCCAUCAUGAACGUGACCAACAGCUCGUGCAGCAUCAAAACGGGUGUCUGCGGCGAAAUUCUGAAGGCGGCUGGAGAGAGAGUACGGGAAGAGUUUUUGCGAAAAUGUCAGGGAGCCUAUAACGGGGUGGUCGUGACCGACUCUGGAGAUUUGCAUUUGAAAAAAAUCAUCCACCUUAUUUUUGCCAAGGAUCUCUUCACCAAGCAAGUCUACAAUGCAUUGGUUGUGUGUGAAGACGUCCAACUGAAGUCCAUUGCUCUGCCAGCUGUUGGAACAGGCGCGGGCGGCUUAAACCCGCAUGAAUCAGCGACCAUCAUCCUGGACGCCAUCGCGGAGUUUUACGUCCAGAAGAAGCCCAAAAGUCUCAUGGAAGUGAGAGUUGUGGUGUUCAUGGAGGAGAUGCUGCAGGACUUCCAUCGGGAGCUACUCAACAGACAGUCCAAACCCGCACCAUUGCAAAAGGGAAUUAUGUCCACUGUGACAAGAAAUUUUCAGUACAUGACAUCGCUGAUGUCCGGGGGGGGCAGCGAAGCCCAACGGGAAAUUCAGCCAGUGUCAUUUGAGAUCGAGCCAGUGCACGUGCAGGUGUACUCUGCCACACUGGAGAACGUGGAGAACGUGUUCAUGGAGAUUGAAAAGAAAAUGACGACCGAGGAGAGCAAGCUGGAGUUGAGGGACGCCAUCAUCGGGGAGAUUUACGCCAAGGCGGGGGACGAGAUCAACGCGCUACAGAAGAAGCACCAGGUCGUGAUCCGGGCGGUCGCGGGCGACUGCUUGAAAAUCCACGGCAACAUCACGGACGUGAGCCAAGUGGCGCUGGAGCUGCAGGCGAUGAUCAACAAGGCGAGGGAGAGGAGGCAGCACGCCGAGGAGGAAGAUAAGCUAGCGGAGGCCGUGACGUGGAUGUUCCUUGGCGAGGACGAGGAGUUCACCCCCUUCUCGAAAGCCGACAAUGUCGCUCUGGAGAAGGCCCUGCGCAGGGACGAGCGGCGCGUUUCCAUUCGAGGCCAAGAGGUGCUCGUCGACUUCAGCAGAAUGAAUGUGACCUUUGAACGUGGGAAGACGUUCAGGGUUAAGCGGGUGACGCCUGCAGAUGACAUUCCUCUUCACUGGGCAGACGAGAACGAGCUGGUGAAUCAGCGAGUCCUCAUCGAAGUCUUAAAGUGCUCCUCCAAAGCAUACCAGCAAAUCGAAAAGGAAUUCAGAAAGUCCCUGGGAAAAGUUUCGCAACAGCCCGGAUUUAAAGUUGUACAGAUUUUAUCGGUGCAGAAUCGCGAGCUGUGGAAUCUGUACACGACGAAGAAAAGGGACAUGGAAAACGCGGACAAAGCGUCUCCAUUGAAGAUGCCCGUGGAGAAGAUUCUCUUCCACGGGACGGCCCUCGAUACCUGCGAGAAAAUUAACGCCAACGGCUUCAACAGAAGCUACUGCGGCAAAAACGCCGUGGCCUAUGGCAACGGAGUCUACUUUGCGGUGAGUGCGAUGUACUCCGCGCGCGACACGUACUCCCCACCGGACUCCGACGGCAUCAAAUACGUCUACCGGGCACGCGUGCUCACGGGCAACUACACGGCGGGCAGUGUGGGCAUGCUCGAGCCUCCGCCCAAGGAUCCCAUCGUCAACUCGGUGCUGCUGUACGACAGCGUGGUUGACAACACCAGCCGGCCGUCGAUGUUCGUCAUCUUCAAUGACAAUCAAGCUUACCCUGAACAUAUUAUUAAGUUCAAGGUACUGUCGUCAUCAUCAUAAAAUUCAUAACGGGGAGUUUUUUGUUGUUGCUGUUGUUGGGUUAAACCGCUUAAGUAUAAAUGCGUCGUUAAGCCCGCCACCACCGCCCGACACAAUUGGU